UCAUCUGUAACAGGCCACCAGACGCUGCGAGUAGAAGAGAGCGGCGCGUAUUUGGCUCCACUUCCGAGCAUCAUCGAGAGCAGAGCGCACGGCCACAGCUACUUUCCAAUGUCAUGUAAGACAAACUGGAAGAACAGUGGAUCUUUUUUGAAUUAAAGGGAUAAUAACUGUGGCUCACAAGCAAAUAACAGCGCCUGUUUUUGAUUUUAUCCCUUCGAUUUUGUGCGCGCUAAGGUGGCCAUGGCGCAUUUUACGCACUGCAGAUAACCAGCGUUUUGGAGCAAAAACAAACGAGAGAAAAUAUGGACUGAAAAGCCAGUAAGUUUGCAUUUACUUCAGGAGAGCUCAAAUGGCGGCACUUCGGAGAAAAUUUGGCGAGGACUACCAGGUAGUCAACACAAACAGGGCGAGCACUUUCUCUGCUCCGGUCAAGAAGAAACGCCAGCGCUUUGUGGACAAGAACGGUCGCUGCAACGUGCAACACGGGAACCUCGGCGGAGAGACGAGCAGGUACUUGUCUGACCUCUUCACCACUUUGGUGGACUUGAAGUGGCGAUGGAACCUGCUCAUCUUCAUCCUGACCUACACCAUCGCCUGGCUCGUCAUGGCAUCGAUGUGGUGGGUCAUCGCCUACAUCAGGGGAGACUUAAACCACGGCCACGACUCGUCCUACACCCCCUGCGUGGCCAAUGUUUACAACUUCCCCUCAGCUUUUCUGUUCUUCAUCGAGACUGAGGCCACCAUCGGCUACGGCUACCGGUACAUCACAGAGAAGUGCCCCGAGGGCAUCAUCCUCUUCCUGUUCCAGUCGCUGCUCGGCUCCAUCGUGGACGCUUUUCUCAUCGGCUGCAUGUUCAUCAAAAUGUCUCAACCUAAGAAACGCGCAGAGACGCUCAUGUUCAGUCAGGACGCGGUGAUUUCUCAGCGAGACGGGAAACUGUGCCUCAUGUUCCGCGUGGGGAACCUGAGAAACAGCCACAUGGUGUCCGCGCAGAUCAGGUGCAAACUCAUCAAGUCUCGUCAGACACCCGAGGGCGAGUUCCUGCCUCUGGACCAGUGCGAGUUGGAUGUGGGUUUUGGGACCGGCGCUGACCAGCUCUUUCUCGUGUCCCCUCUCACCAUCUGCCAUGAAAUCAACCCCAAGAGCCCAUUUUUUGACCUUUCCCAGCGCUCUCUUAUGAACGACGAACAGUUUGAGAUCGUGGUUAUCCUUGAGGGCAUCGUGGAGACGACUGGUAUGACUUGUCAGGCACGGACAUCAUAUACAGAGGAUGAGGUUUUAUGGGGCCAUCGCUUCCUGCCAGUGAUGUCCCUUGAGGAGGGAUUUUUCAGGGUAGACUACUCUCAGUUCCACAGCACCUUUGAGGUACCAACACCACCAUACAGCGUCAAGGAACAUGAGGAAAAGAAUUCUCUGCCCUCGCCAAUGUCUACCCCCAUUCCUGCAAUCACUGAAAGCCACAGCGCCCGGCGUGGCCGGGUGUUUUCUGUAGAUUGCAUUAACAGUUCAGACGAAAGGGCAGGGAUCGGAGGGCGACUGCCCAGCAAGCUGCAGAGGAUGAGUUCUUCUGGGAAGGAGGACCUGCAGAGGAAGGUGCUUCUGCUCAGUUCUCAGCACUCUGAGAAGGCCUGCAGCACAGGAGACUUGCCCCUGAAGCUGCAGCGUCUCAGCUCCUCCUCACCGGUGCCCGAGGCGGAAAAUCGGCUGCAACUCAAGUCCCUCAAGGUGGGCUUUGAACCCAUGACCCAGUCUACCGGAGACCUGUACCAGCACAGCCUUCAACCCACACUGUCCCCCGCUCCAGUCCUCGCACACAGACCCCAGCCCUCCAGUGGAGGGAGGCCGGAGGACAACCUGCCAGCGAAGCUGCGGAAGAUGAAUGCUGACCGCUGAAACCCAAGCUGACACAGCAGACUUUCAAUGACCUCAGACACAAAGAGAUACGCAUGGAACCAGUUUCAGAGAUUUACUUUGAGUGCCACUGAUGAGAAAAAAACAAAUGGUUUACUGACAAUUUAUUGAUUUGCUUUUUUCUUGAGAC